GAUGCACCAUUCUCCGCAGAUCUUCAACCUUCAAGGGGAAUCCGGCGCAGGAACUCAAAGUCUGUCCAAAGUUGGAGGACCAGAACACCAAACUUUCGAAACCAUUGGAUUACCCUUCAACAUUAUGUCUCCUCUUCAAACAUCAGCUGCCUUGUGUGGAACUAGAGCCUGGACGAGCUUUCACCAACAUGACCCUCAGAUUGAUGUUCCUUCUAGUUUUUGUUCUGAGCUCCCACAGGAAAUAGAUUCGCCACUUCCAUGCCAUAAAUCUUCUGGGGAUAACUCCGCCGUUACCGCUAAACAGUAUCCAUCAGCCUCCCAAUUUAGUUUCACCAACUCCUUGCACUCCAUUGUUGAAUCUUUCUUGUCCAGCAGCGAAGAAAGCUUUUCUUCUUCUGAUAUGUAUGGUGAGUGUCCCUCUGAUUCAGACAGAUAUAGAGAGUUUCUCGGUGAAGAUAACAUGUCUUUACAUGAGCGCUCAAAAGAAAAUGAAUUGCGCGCCGAGGACGCUGCUGAAGAAGUGAAACCCGUGGAAAUUUCCUUUCAGCAUAGAAAUCUGCAGUCACCAGAUAAGCAGUGUUCACGGGCUUGUGGGGUUGCUUGUGUUCCAUCUCCUAUCAACACUGUUUCUAGGAGCUCUCUAACUCGUAAAAGAAGAAUAAGAUGGACCAAGGAUCUUCAUGAGACUUUCGUCAUGAUUGUUAAUUGCCUUGGCGGUCCCGAGAAGGCAAAGCCUAAGUCCAUACUCAAGAUGAUGGAUUCAGAUAUGCUGACCAUUUCUCACAUCAAAAGUCAUUUGCAGAAAUAUCGUUCUACAAUAUGCGUGCGGAAAGAUCUGCAGGAAAGAUCUGGAGAAGGAAACCAACCAGAAGGAGUCUUCGAGCUUCAACUUAAAAUCCAUAAGCAAAUUGAGGAAUCACUACAACUUCAACGUGAGGUCCAAAGGAGUCUCCACGAACAGCUAGAGAUACAACAGAAUUUGCAAUUACUAGUGAAACAGCAGAGGAAGCAGCUCAAAAUAACGUCAGAUUACCAAAAGCAGGGAAGCAAACUGCAAGUGUGUGCCCCAAAAUGAUGAGGAUCGAUUACUUUCUGGGGGAAAAUCUCCAUUUUCACAGGCACCUUAAGACGCAUAGUUUGGGCAUAUAUACUUGUUUGGAGUAAUAAUCAAGCACGUGAACAGGAAUGAUAGAGGGGUUUUCAGUUUAAAUGGCGGUGGUUGGUUUCAAAGUGAAAAUGUCUCAUUUCUUACGGUGUUAAUUGGUUGGAAUUUUAAGCGUAGUCAGUUUGAAGGAUCUAUGCUUUGUUGUAGAGAGAUUAUGGGGAGGAAGAGAAGCCGACAACUGGCCUUGGACCGCUUAAGGAGGUUAGAAUAACAGUUUUCCCGUUCAAAA